AAGUGUAAACACCAUCUGCGAUUUCUAAAUCGGUCAUGAUUUCUUUGAUUGAAUUAUAAAUUGUUUGUUUGACAAAACUGAAGAAUUGGAGAAAUUUGAAAGUACAAAGUUGUAGCAGCUAGAAACCAUUAAGAAAUAAUAACAAGGUAGUAAAUUUGGUAUUUUUACCCGUGUACAUGUACACAGGAUGGACCUAGUACUCAGUUACGCAGACAAGUUUGUCCUGACCCCUUAUGUGUACCCCUCCACCUGGGCUGAGGACUCCCCUUUAAGACAGAUACUUAGCCUCCUCCUGAUCAGCAACAUCGGGGGAUACAUCCUCUACUUCAUGACCGCCACUCUCAGCUACUUUACCAUAUUUGAUUCCAGGUUGAUGAAACAUCCAUUGUUCCUCAAGGACCAGAUAAAAUUGGAGAUAUUGUACACAAUCAAGUCAGUUCCUCUUAUGUCCCUUCCUACAGUUGCAUUAUUUUUUAUUGAGGUCAGAGGUUACAGCAAACUCUAUGAUACUGUCCCCAAUUCCUUUGCUGGCUGGUGUAGCAUCCUAUUUAGCAUAGUGAGCUUUAUUUUAUUUACUGAUGCCUGUAUUUAUUGGAUCCAUCGAUUUCUUCAUCAUAAACUUAUCUACAAAUACAUCCACAAAGACCACCACCGAUGGAAGAUCCCUACUCCUUUUGCCUCCCAUGCAUUUCACCCCCUGGAUGGAUUCCUCCAGAGUUGUCCCUACCACAUCUACCCUUUCCUAUUCCCAUUACACAAAGUGACCUACUUAUGUCUAUUUGUGUUUGUAAACAUCUGGACAGUGUCCAUUCAUGAUGGAGAUUAUCGGGUGCCUGGCCUUCUGAAGCCACUCAUCAAUGGCUCCGCCCACCACACUGACCACCAUCUGUUCUAUAAUUACAACUACGGCCAGUUCUUUACAUUGUGGGAUAGGAUAGGAGGCUCAUUUAGAAACCCUAGCUCUUAUGAAGGAUGUGGCCCCAUCAAAGACAUCGUCAAGAAAGAUAACUCUAAUGGGAUUGAACCAAAUGGAGAGAAGAUGAAAAAAGAGGAAUAAUCAAUUUUCUUUCACAAUUUAUUUAUUUAAAGAUUGAUUUUGUUGAAAUGGAGAUAUUUGUUUGUUGUUUUGCAAUGAAUUGUACACUUGAUAUUUCUGAGUGACUGUCAAGUUAAUUAUGUAUUUUAGCCUCAGUUGUUUAACUUUAUAUUCAGUUGACAUAUAUAUUUAUGUUUUAUUUG